ACUGCGUCAUUACCGAUCUUGAGAAAAUAUUGGAUACGUGAGUCUAGUUGAGUCUUAGGAUGAUAAGUAAAUCGUAUUUGUUUACUUGGACAUUGGAUCCUGCCAGGCUGGUUGACUCGUUGAUUGGAUAAUCAUCACAGAUUUUAGGGAAUUUAUUAAAACUAUUAAGUGCAAAAAAUGUACAAAUCAGUAGUUUAAAUUGCGAAAAAAAUAUUUAGGAUUGAAAAAGUUUAAGAAUAAGAAAUAUGUAUUAAGGCUAAUUUUUCUUUUUAAAUUUCGGUGUAACAUGCAAGUCGUGAAAAUUAACGAAAUCCAUAUACUUUUAAGAAAAUAGGACGUAGUUUUUAGGUCGACAUUAGUUUACUUUAACUUAUUGAAUACAUUUCUAUCAAUUUCUCUUAACAAUAGAUGUGUAUAACAAAUUGUUCGUUAAAAUGACAACCGUAGUAUGGAAAUUAUUACUUAUUUUUGCCAUAUAUAUGCUACAUGUUGGAAAUGGAAGUCCUCUUCCUGACGAAAAAAUUCCAAGCAUGGCUCGCAAAGCUGGUGGGGGUUGGAGAAGAAAAGUAAUUCAGGAAAGUACGCAAGCACCGAUUUUGACGGCCGAAUUGGAGGAUCCAUCCGCAAACAAUGUGGAAAUUGGGGUGGUUGAUAGUGAUGAACCUGACUCGAACUACGACGGCGAGGAAACGGAUUGCAGACCGUCUGAAUUUUGGCACAUUCGUGGCAAAGCCUGCGUCCCGUUGAAAUGUCGGGCCGGAAGAAAUCCGGAAACUCGUGAAUGCCUUCAGAUUUAUGGAUCUUUUGGAUCCAGUUAUUUUAGUGGACGCUACGGACGGAAUAUGUACGGAUUUAGUAGCAAAGGUGGUACACCGUGGCAUCGAAGAAUCCGGGUACAUAAAUACGUGAUCAUAACUCGGAUUCAACAUUGUAACCAAGGCGGUUAAGUCAUAUAUUGACACCGGCGGUGUUGAUUCGACAAAUUUUUGUUUUGAGUGCAUAUGUAAAUAAAUAUACGUAAAUCAUUGCCAUAAAUAGCUGUCAUCGAUUGGAAA